AACCAUGAUAUUAUUAUAAUAAGAUGUAGUUCUUUAUUUUGUGAGUAACAAUUAGUAAAUUGUGUUAAUCUUAUAGCCAAAAAUUGCCAUGACGAGCACACAGACUUUAAUAUUGUGGGUUUUAAUAUUUUGUAACUUGUUUUUAAACGUGAAAUUACUUGAAAAUGGGCUAGCUAGAAAACCACCUAUGGGAUGGAUGUCUUGGGGAUAUUAUCAGUGUAGUGUAGACUGUGAAAAUAAUCCUUCAAAAUGCCUAAAUGAAAAGCUACUUCUCUCGGUUGCUGAUAAGUUUUAUUCAGAAGGCUACAUGGAGGCCGGCUUUGAAUACAUCAUUAUUGAUGACUGCUGGUCGGAGAAGCGACGGAAUCAAUUUGGAAGACUUGUGCCGGACAAGAAGAGAUUUCCGAGGGGCAUGAAAUAUAUUGCAGAUUAUAUUCAUAAGCGUGGCAUGAAGUUUGGAAUGUACACUAACAUAGCGAAGAAGACCUGCAUGGGCUACCCCGGGUCGCGGGGGUACUUUAAGCCCGAUGCCAACAUGUUUGCCAGAUGGGGGGUUGACUACUUGAAAGUUGACGGGUGCUUUGUUGAUGAAAACUUCUUGAAUGUUGCUUACAUAAAACUUGGUGAACAUAUAGAUGCAGCAGAAAGACCAAUGGUGUAUUCAUGUAGUUGGCCAUACUAUAUUGAGUUUAUACACAACAAAAAGCCAAACUACACAACAGUGGCUCAGCAUUGCAACAUGUGGCGGAACUACCAUGAUGUGGCACUAUCAUGGGACGCGGUGAAAGCUAUCAUUACACACUACAAGGAUGCCUACACUGAGCUCAGCCCGCACCAUGGACCGGGCAAAUGGAAUGAUCCGGAUAUGCUGAUACUCGGCACGGGCGCUCUCACAGAUAGCCAGAGCCGCGUCCAGGUGUCAGUGUAUGCGAUGCUCUCUGCGCCACUACUACUGAGCUGCGACAUGGACCAGCUGACCGCGAAUGAGAGGGAGCUACUGACGAAUCUAGACCUUAUGGCCAUUGCGCAAGACCCAUUGGGUGUUAUGGCGAGACCUUAUGAGCUGACAAACUCAAUUACGCUGUGGGUAAAACCGCAUCUGCCGAAAAAAGGCGAUGCCUAUAACUCCGUCUCUUUCGCACUCGUGAACCUCGCCCCUGAGGAUACGACCGUCUCGCUCGCACCCGGCCGAUACGGCCUCAACUCCACAGAUGGUUAUACGAUUAUGGAUAUAUUCGCCCGAACGUUUUUAAGGAAUAUAACUUUGAAUGAGACGUUGAAUCUCACGGUGCCUGCCGAAGAUGUAAUACUGUAUACUCUAUACCCACUAUAACUUUAGCUGCCAGUGAAUUUGGAAAACAAAGAGUGAGGAAUUUUGAAUCUCGGUGAAUAUAGUUACAAUGUAAUACAUAGGUUUUUAAACCACUCUAAAGUCAUAUUUAUUUAGCUCAAAAUGUACUUAAUUAAUAUAUUUAUUUGUUGUUA